UUCUUACAGGUUACGGAAAGGGGCGAGUGGUGACGAAUGAAGUGUGCAUAGCCCUAGAUAAGUGUUAUCAGUUAUCCUGGUCGAUAAACAUGGCGGGCGUGAGGAUUGUCGUUUCAUUUUGCCUGAUACAACUGAUAUGCGGUUCCUGCCCACCGGGACGGUUCGGGGAGUCCUGCUGGUUCUCGUGUCACUGUGGGGUCUACUGUGACGUCACAACGGGCGCGUGUGGAGCUGAGUGUGACGCUGGCUGGGUGGGGGGAUGGGGACGCAACUGUCAAAAACAAAAUGUUGCCUACCAUCGACCAGCUUCAUCCCCUACUGGUUCACAGCGUCCUGCGUGGACUCCCGACAAAGCCGUGGAUGGUGACCGAAGGCAAGAUGUGUAUAGCAACACAUGCUUCCACCCGGCCAUUCCACCCAGUCCACCCAGUCAGUGGACAGUGGACCUGGGUCGAGUGUACAGACUACACGAUGUCAGGAUCUAUAACAGGAAGGCAUAUGUAUCGAGGAUUCGCGGUGCCACCAUCAACCUGCACAACACUAGCUCAGCUACCGGCGUCACCUGCUACACCUUCCCCUCCGACACUCAAGAGGCUGACGGUGUCUAUGACGUCACGUGUGACGGUCACGGGAGGUACUUGACAAUCAGUCACGAUAACCAGACACUCAAUCUGUGUGAAGUGGAGGUGUACGUGUGUAGCAAUGGCUCAUACGGAACACACUGUGACGAAUUUUGCAGGGGGUGUCUAAAUGACACGUGUGACCCUGUCAGUGGUAUUUGUCCUGGCGGCUGUAGACGAGGGCGCCAGGGACCAACAUGUGCAGAAUGCCUUGAUGGACGGUAUGGUAUCUACUGCGAUAAGUUCUGCAACUCCCGCAACUGCAUUACAACGUCAUCCUCCUGUGACGUCACAGGGGCUUGUACAGAUGGGUGCCGGGGCGGUUGGAUGAACACGGACUGUCGACAACCAUGUCCAGGCAGUACGUACGGGACAAACUGUAGCAAGUCCUGCAAUUCCCGCCAUUGUCAGACUCCAUCUUCUUCCUGUGAUCCCGUGACUGGUGCCUGUGAUGGAGGUGUGUGUGAAGAUGGAUGGCUUGAAACUGACUGUGCAGAAACAUGUAAGGCCGGCACAUACUGGCCUGACUGUUCUCGGUGUGGACACUGCGACGUCACGUGUGACGUAAUAGACGGCCGCUGUCCGGGAAAGUGUCUGGAUGGCUUCACUGGUGUCCGAUGUCACGUGGAAACAGGAACAAUACUGAUGUGGAGUGUCAUUGGAGUAGGAUUCGUUGCAAUGCUGGGGUUGCUUUAUGCUCUCUGGAGGUUUCUACGGAGAUCAGAUCAAGAAUACGAGGUUGUAGCUCGUCGUGACGUCAAUGACCAAUCAACAGAAGGGAGUCAGCAGGCCGAAAGUGACGCUGGUGUGACCAACAAAAACAAAGUCUAUUCUUGUUUAGAUUACUAUGUCAACAAGCUGAAGGAUAAAACACCAUUAAGUGGAAGUUCCAUUAAGGACCAGGAAAAUAAGAAUUUAGAAAUUCUUGAUUUUUAAAUCAAAAUAUCAGCCUUAUGAUUGACACAGUUGAUUUUACGGUCAGGACACCGCGGAAGCCUAGGGAAGUAUGCGAUCCGCAGUAACGGUAGGAAGGCAGUUUCAAAUACGAUAUUCAGAAAUGUAGGCGCAGAGAGUAGUGUAGAGAUGUGGUUCCUGCACUGGUCAAGGCCUGCAAUGCAUUUUGGGCAGAAAACAAUAGAGGCAUUAAAAGAAAAGGGUCAGUUAACACAAUGCAAAUAUAUAUAUUGAAGUAAGUAAUAUGAUAUACCAUUAAUACAUUUUAUUAGAUAAUUAAGGGUACUUUUUCAAAACUUCCAUAUGAUAGUAGACAUUAAUCACUAGAUGAGUUUAGGCUGGUGGUUUUGAUAUAUAUGAAUGAAUGUUAAUUGAUUUGAUUAAAAAGCCAUUGAUUUGAGUAAUUAUUUAACUGGAUUAAAGGAGCACGAAAUUUUCAAAGAGCUGCCAAUGGAUUUAUUCCUGGUAAUGUAGAAGUUGAUCACACUACGUGAGGUUUAACCUAUCAGGUUGACAAAAAGCUCAUAAGAUUGUUAUUCAAAGAGCAUCAUUAUCGUGCUCAAACUUUGUUUGAUUGGGGCUACUGUAGGCCUCAGUAAAGAUUUCAAAAAGUUUUUGGUAGACUUGUGCAGGACAUAUCCAACUUGACUCAUGAGUAACAGACAUGGUGUCUUAUCCGAUUCCUUAUUUUAAUUUGUACCAUAUAUUCCCAUAUUUUUCUCGAACACCUAGUAUCAUCAUCUGAUAAUGAUCUAAAACACACGGAAAUGACGGAGGCGGAAUCAUACAAUGAACAUUGCGUUUAAUAGAGAUUUCGUAUGAUUUUUGCAAAACAAUAUAAAUAUUAUUAUGAAACCAGCAGGAACAAAACAACACGAUGAACACUUUGGCUUGUUGCCUCUGUUUGCCAUUCACUUUACGCCCUAUGUUAUUCGCGUCUGAGGCACCGACGUUUUGAAUUUACCAGUUUUCAUAAAAUGAAAGUAGAUUUGUUAUUGCCGCAUAGUGUACUCUAACUAACUAAUUGGAGAGAGGUUGUAUUCAUACAGUUUGCAGUUUGGUGUUAUGCAAUAACCCGAAAUAUAAUACUGUUUAAGUGACUAUCACCACUGAUUCUGUAAUUAAUCAUGAUUGGGAAUCCGCAUGUUGCUCCCAUGCAUAGUAAUUCGGAAGUGUUGACGCCCCUCCUAAAGUAGUCCGGAAGUGUUGACGCCCCUCCUAAAGUAGUCCGGAAGUGCUGACGCCCCCCCGAAAGUAGUCCGGAAGUGCUGACGCCCCUCCUAUAAAAGGUAUGAACGGCAACAUGUAUCAAUCAUUCCCUCAUGAACAUCAGUUUUAUUUCCCCUAAACCUACCUUGAUUUAUUUCAUCAUUCAAUAUAUGUUUUUGUGUAAAAUACAUGACCUUAUAUUUGAACUCACAGAAACGAAAGAACUGAUAUAAAGGCUCAAAAUUUAAUUAUUCUGAUAAUGAAAAUAUGUUUUGCGCACUGCUGAACAUAGCGAUAAUAAUGUAUCGUACACGGAUUAGAUUACCAAUAAAAUAGGUUCCUCUC